GCAUAUUCACUGGAAAAUCCACCGUUGAUGAGAAGAAAUUUCACAAAAGUGAAAGAAAAUCCAAAAUUAAUCCACAAAUUCAGGCCAGAUAGAUGCUAUGCUAACUGAGCUGUGGCUUGUAACAGUUUGCCAGUAUUGAUGUUCAACGAACUCUGAUGAGAUUUCCUGCCGAGUCCAGCGGGGUUGAAACAGUGACGACUGCCUACGCCUUUCGUGGGAGUGGCUUCACUUUCAUGGGGAUGAUAGUCCGCCUUUAAUAUCCAGAAAAUCAGCGUUAAAAUCCAGAAUAUGGAAAGAUAUCCGUGCACAUACGACAGCAGAAUGUAAUGGUGAUAAAUGAAAUAGAUUAAAUAACAAAACUUUCACAAAAACUGCCGAGGCAAUCGCUUGUUGUUAUUUACACUCAGAACGUGAAAUUGCUCAAAUGACAAUAUGGCGACCUUGUAAUUGAGCGAUCACGUGACUCCCUUGACCUGGGGGAAUUUCUGUAUAUUUUUGCUCUGUUCCUCCAGUAAGGAAACCAGUUUAUAAAUUCUGUUGAAGGUACUUGGGUCGAAGACUAGCCUGUUAUCGCUAUGACAACCAUUCCCCAGCAGCAGAAGGAAUCUCAGGAGGUCAUCUCUGUGACGGCAGCACUGAAGGAACAGUAUGAUGCCAUCAGGGCGCUGGGAAGUCAGAAAGCAUGGCCAUUCUUGACCGGCAACCCUCUAGUGGCCUUCAACACUGGUCUUGUUGGCCUGGUGUCCAACUCCUUCUUCCGUCGGAUGCUGAUGGUCCGACGUGGUCUCUUCCUCUCCAGCUUGCCCAUGGCCGCCAUACCGGGCAUCACCAUGACACUCGUCUACCCUAUGGUCAUCAGUACCCCGAUACUGGUAGGGGACAUACAGUGCCCUCUCUGUGCUUCGCUACGGGCAGGAGCCUUGGGGCUGACAUUGGGUUCUGUAUUCCCUUUUCUCCUAUCCAUCCCCCUCAACUCGGCUCUCGCCAUCAGUUACGGUACCAUGGAAGUCCCCUUGUUCUCCAAGAAGACCAGCUUCAGUGAGGCCCUCAAGUUCUGGCAGAGGAAGAUGCGCUACUUCAAAGGCCAGUUCAUCAGCAUAGCCAUCUUCCAGACUCUGAUGUUUGCGUUCGUGGCCGACAGGCAGUUCACGUUGGCGCACACAGAACUGGAUGUGCAGUUUGUGAAGGCGUCAAGGUGAUAAAGGCCUCUUCUUACCGAAGUUCUUACCGUAUCUACAAAUUCUGGAAGAUCAUCUUGGUAGAGAUUGUGUUUUGGGAGCUACCUGUGUGUGAACUGCCUGAUGACAAAAGCACUUGUUUCCAAGAUGACUUGAAUAAGGACCAGUGAAUUUGACCAAUCACUGAAAAUUUACUUGCCCAACAGUGAUUUUUGCUGGUCUCCGACCGACGGACUGGUGUCGAUUGCCAGUGUCUAUCUUGCAUGAUAGGUUUGGGCAAUCCAUUGAUCACUGUCUUUAAUGU